AUGAGUUCACUCUCACAGUCUAUCUCUGCUCUUGAUUCUAAUGCCUCUGAUCAACUUGCUUCAAAGAAGAUGAAAAGGAUCCACCAUGAAUAUACUACAUCUACUGUUAAGAGAAGGAGAUCAGUUAAUGAUUCAACUGCAGUUGUUACAACUACGCCAUUCUGUGAUGGGUAUCAGUGGCAGAAGUAUGGAGAGAAGGAUAUCAAGAACUCUGAAUUUCGAAGAACAUACUACAAGUGCAUAAAUGAAGAAUGCAAAGCAAGGAAAAAAGUGCAACAACAAGAUAAGUAUGAGCCUUCGAAUUUCAUAGUCAUAUAUGACAUGCAACACACAUGCAAUAAUGUUGUCCAGGAAACCAACCAAAACUUGUUCACAAUUGAUUCUUCACCUUCAACUUCAACUCUAAAUUUUGGUCCCAUUUUAGAAUCAAGCUAUUUGAUGAUGAACAAUCAACAAGAGCAAACAUUAUCUGCAACCUCUGAUCAGCUCCAAAUUAAAAAGACAGAGAACCAUGAUAAUAUUAGUGUUGCAAAAGCAGUACAGGGUGAUGAAAGUAUUGUAGACAACAUGGAGAUAUUCUCACCUUUGACGUCUCUUUUAGAUUUGAAUGAGAAUGAGAAUGAGAAUAUUUGGGAGCUUUUCAACCUCACAGAUGAUGAGUUUGCUUCGUCUCCUUUAGAUUUGAAUGAGAAUGAGAAUAUUUGGGAGCUUUUCAACCUCAUGGAUGAUGAGCUUGCUUCAUCUCCUGAUGAUGGCUUUCCCUUUUGA